AUGAAGAGCGGCGUGCUAAUGUGCAUGGAAGGCGUGGCUGGACUCGGCCCGAGGUCAGCGGUCUUGAUCAACAGCAGACAUCAGACAGUAAGACUCAGCCAGUUCUGGAGCAGAGACCUGGCAGCAACCUCGAUUAAGCUGAAACGAGAGAAGGUACUCAAAAAGGUGGUCAGCUACUGUACUGACAAGGGGUUGUACCUUGUAGUGGGCUGCGAUGCCAAUUCACAUCACACAAUCUGGGUCAGCUCCAACACCAAUAAGAGGGGCACAGCUCUGCAGGAGUACCUACCAUCUGCCGAGCUCGAGAUUCUGAACAAUGACCACAGGCGCAUCACGUUCUCCCUUGCGGCGGAUGGCGAGUUGGAACCGACGGGAACGCACAGGAAUCCCAGGGCCACAGACUGGCCCUCCUACAAGGAGGAGCUUGACUGGAGGCUACAGGGACCCUGCAGCAGCCUGAGCAGUACCAGUGCAGUGGAAAAUGAGGUAACACACCUGCAAUCCUCCAUAAUCCAAGCCUUUGAGAUAGCGUGCCCCGCAAAGCUCAAGGUAAACAGGCCCAAGGUCCCCUGGUGGAACGGACCGCUGGACAAACUCAGAUCGAGCUCCCGCAAGCUCCUAAUCCGGGCCCUCAAGACAAACACGGACACGGAUUGGGCAGCCUAUAAGGGUACCCAGGAAGAGUACAAGAAACUGAAUAAAAGAUCAAAGACGAAGGCCUGGAGAGGGCUCUGCAGCAAGAUCGAGGCCCUACCUUUAGUGGCCAAGCUCCGCAGAGUAUUCUCGUCAGGCCCGCCCAUUAGACUGGAUUGCCUUACGCUGCCGGACGGCAGCAUGACAGAAUGUCAGUCAGACAUACGGACCCAUAUGCUAGAGGUCCACUUCCCGGGGUCCGGGCCCGUAGCUCAGGGGCCGCCUCGACGGGACGGCCCGACUGGGCGCAGACCACGGGGCUGGAAAUCAGCAGGUGAGAUUGUAACAAUAGCUAGGAUCAGGUGGGAUAUCGACACCUUUGAUACGUUUAAAAGUCCGGGGGCGGAUGGGAUUUUCCCAGCCCUCCUACAGGAAGGUGGCGAGGCCCUGGUCACUAGACUAAACAGAAUUUUCAGAGCGUGCCUAGUGCUACGCAAAAUACCCAUGAACUGGAGAGAGGUCAAGAUAUUCAUCCCAAAAACAGGAAAGAGCUCCUAUGACCAUGCCAAAUCAUGGAGACCGAUCAGCCUAAUAUCGUUCCUGUUGAAGACACUGGAACGAUUAGUGGAAAGAUUCAUAAGGGAUGGAGCUUUAGCUGUAAAACCCUUUUGUGUACACAGCGCGCCUACUAAGGCGGUAGGUCAACAGAGACGGCACUCCACCACCUAG